CCAAUUCACUAAUCGUCAAUCAACUUUGUCCUCAGCGAGUCCUGGCUAAAAUGUUUUCACGUAAAUAAUUUUUCUGACAAAUUACAAUGUCGUCUCAAGUCAAUGAUCAUAGAGAUGAACAUCGUCCCCUGCGGCCUCGUCAAUCCUGACCGUUCCUAAGAGAUGAACGCCUCAGGAGCGCUGUCGCUGCUGGAAGUUGAGAACAGCCGGUCCUCGUCCUCCUAUGAAUGCUCUCUCCCGCCGCCGCCGCCGUCCGCGCCGCGGCGGGCUCGCCUCCGGCAGUCCGCGGCGCGCACGCGCGCCUCCUCAAGGAGGGGCUCGCCCACCUGCCCAUGGCGCCUGCGCUCCUCGUCUCCGCCUACGCCAGGUCGGGCCUCCUCGCCGACGCCCGCAGCGUGUUCGACGAUGCGCCGCGCCGGGACGUCCACCUAUACUCCGCACUCCUCGCCGCCGUCUCCCACUCCCCCACCCCCGGGCUCGCGCUGCCGCUCCUCCGCCGCAUGCUCUCGGACGACGCGCUCCGCCCUGACCACUUCGUCCUCGCCUCCCUCGCCAGCGCCGCCGCCAGGCUGCGCAGCCUCCGCCUCGGCAGGCAGCUCCACGCCCACUUCGUCGCCUCCCCGUACAGCGGCGACGACGUCGUUAAGUCGUCGCUGAUCGACAUGUACUGCAAGUGCGGCGUACCCGAGGAUGCCCGGAAGGUGUUCGACAGCAUCGGUGUCAAGAACAGCGUCGUGUGGACUGCGCUGGUUUCUGGGUAUGCGUCCAACGGCUACACCGACGAGGCGGUGGAGCUCUUCCGGAGCAUGCCUGCACGUGGCCUCUUCACAUGGACAGCGCUCAUCUCUGGGUUUGUCAAGGCUGGAAACAAUGCUAGUGCGGUGCGGAUGUUUGUUGAGAUGAGGCGGGAUGGUGUCAGGAUUGAUGACGCAUUCGUCUUGGCAACUGCAAUCGGUGGUGUGGCAGACCUGGCUGCACUUGUGCUGGGCAGGCAGCUGCAUGGUUUUGCCCUUAGGCUUGGGUUCUUGUCCAGCAUGAUUGUUGGGAAUGCGUUGGUUGACAUGUACUCCAAAUGCACUGAUAUACAUUCUGCUAGGGAAGUGUUUGAGGGGAUCACAGUCCGUGACAUCAUCUCGUGGACGACAAUUCUUGUUGGAGAGGCUCAGCACGGUCGAGCUGAGGAAGUAUUAUCUCUUUUUGACAGGAUGGUUCAUGCAGGAGUUAAGCCCAACGAGGUGACAUUUGUUGGCUUGAUUUAUGCUUGUAGUCACGCUGGUCUUGUUCAGAAAGGCCGGCAGCUGUUUGAGUCAAUGAAGCUGGAAUAUGGCAUCAAGCCUGGACUGCAACACUAUACUUGCUAUCUGGACCUUCUUAGUCGGUCAGGCCAUUUAUCAGAAGCUGAAGAACUCAUCACUACAAUGCCAUACGAGCCUGAUGAAGCUAGUUGGGGGGCCUUAUUGAGUGCCUGUAAGAAGCACAAUGAUGCUCAGAUGUGUCUCAGGGUUGCUGAUAAUUUACUAGAAUUGAGACCAAAAGAUCCUUCAACAUAUAUCUUGUUAUCUAAUGUGUAUGCUGUGAAUUGCAAGUGGGAUUCUGUGGCCAAGGUAAGAAAGAUCAUGGCUGAGAUGGAGAUAAGAAAAGAGCCUGGGUAUAGCUGGAUUGAAGCUGGAAAGGAAUUUCGUCUGUUCCAUGCUGGGGAGGUUCCAAUUGAUGUUAGAGAAGAAAUUACUGGUUUUCUUGAGGAAUUGGUCUCAGAGAUGCGCAAGAGGGGUUAUGUCCCUGAUACCAGCUCUGUGAUGCACGACUUGGAAGAGCAUGAGAAGGAGCAGCAUCUGUUCCUGCACAGUGAGAGGCUGGCUGUUGCUUUUGGAAUACUCAAGUCUCCUCCAGGAUCAGUGAUCCGGAUUGUAAAGAAUCUUCGGGUGUGUGGGGACUGCCAUACAGUAAUGAAGUUCAUCAGUGAAAUUGCACAGAGGAAGAUCAUCGUGAGAGAUGCUAGUCGUUUCCACCAUUUUGAGGGUGGGAAGUGCUCUUGUAGUGAAUUCUGGUAGCUAGUCAGCUGAUGUUGGGUUGUGCUUAAGUCCUGUUGGUAUGCUGUUGGAAGCUCUUACCUUGUUUUGGCAGCAUACUUCAAUGCUGCGCCUGUAAGGAAAAAAGAAGAUUAUGUCCAAUUUGCCUGUUUAUACACAAAACUACUAUUUUAGUUUACAAAUACUUCACAGAAAUGUGCCAGAGUGUUGGUCAUACAAGCAGACGUGUGCUCGCCAAGUGCGGCUGCUAUGGUGGUGUGUGGCGCCUGGACUUUAUGAUCUGGAAGGAACGCACGGCGUCAUGGCCGGAAGGUGUGGGAACUAGGUGCAACGGUGCGAUAUAUAUCUUCUCUGCUGGAGGACAUGGCGUCGUUGAAAUUGCUGAUCAAGCAGCAGGGAGCAAGCAUCCCAUCUGUGUGGAGAUGUCCUGAUGUGGGCUGGGUGAAGGUGAACACCGAUGCGGCAUUCGACGCUGACUCUUGUACGGGCAGCGCUGAGGUGGUGAUCCGUGACCACAACGGAUUGGUGAUGGCAGCAGCAACCAGAUGGCUUGACUCGGUGCCGGAUGCACUAACUGCUGAGGCGAUGGCGGCAAAGGAGGGCCUGGAGCUGGCUGUUGAGUGUGAUUUUGGAAAAGCUAUCCUUAAAGUAGACUGCAGCACUUUGAAGACGGUACUAGAGUCAGCUGAUGGCAUGAGAUCGCCGAUAGGCGGGCUUUGUUUCGAUAUCACAGAGUUAGUUAGGCAGGAGUUUUGAUUUGUUUAGAGUUGUUUGGGUGAGUAGAGAUGCAAACUCAGUAGCUCAUAGUUGUGCUACCAUGGGGUCGGUCUCUGAACGAUCCCAGUUUUGGCUUGACUAUAUCCAAGAGUGGUUGUUGGGAUUAGCAGCCGCUGAUUGUAAUUCUGCCUCGAAUUAAUGA